GUUCGUGAACUGUCAUCUGUCAUCGUUCUGUCCCCAAAGCGAAAAGCAAAAAAGUGAUUUUCAUUUUCCAAAGUAGAAAUUUAGAAAAAUCAUCGCGAAUUUUCCACCACAAAGAAGUCACAUCGAAAACAUAUAGAAGAGCAACUAAAUUGAAGGAAAUUUUUUGAAAAUUUGUUUGCAGUAACAGGAAAAUGGCCGGAGCAACCUUAUUUGCACGCGCUCAAGCCCUCACCAGCGUCAAUCGUGAGGAGGGCAUUACGCUGCUGAAUAAAAUUGUGCGUGAACAAGAAGUAGCUGAGAAUGACGAGGAGUUGAUUCGUUUGAAGGAGCAGGGUAUUCUGCAGUUGGGAGAGUUGUACAAGCAAGAAGGUAAAGCCAAGGAAUUGGCUGAUCUGAUUAAGGUGACACGUCCCUUCCUCAGUUUGAUAAGCAAAGCGAAGGCAGCUAAAAUGGUGCGUACGCUAGUCGAUAUGUUUCUAGACAUGGAUGCUGGCACGGGAAUAGAGGUGCAAUUAUGUAAAGACUGCAUUGAGUGGGCUAAACAAGAAAAGCGCACAUUUUUACGCCAAUCGUUGGAGGCCCGACUUAUUGCAUUAUUCUUCGAUACAGGCUUGUAUACAGACGCCUUGGCACUUGGUUCUCAAUUGUUGCGUGAAUUGAAAAAAUUGGAUGAUAAGAAUCUCCUCGUUGAGGUACAACUAUUGGAGAGCAAAACCUAUCAUGCACUUAGUAAUCUACCGAAAGCACGCGCCGCACUCACCUCUGCACGCACAACCGCCAAUGCGAUAUACUGUCCGCCCAAGGUGCAAGGUGCUCUCGAUUUGCAAUCGGGUAUAUUGCAUGCAGCCGAUGAACGCGAUUUUAAAACGGCUUUCUCCUACUUUUACGAAGCAUUCGAGAGUUACGACAGCGUUGAUAAUGCAAAGGCUUUAACUGGUUUAAAGUAUAUGUUGUUGUGCAAAAUUAUGUUGGGGCAAUCUGAGGAUGUCAAUCAGAUUGUGAGCGGCAAAUUGGCUAUCACUUAUUCGGGUCGCGAUAUUGAUGCCAUGAAAGCUGUGGCGGAAGCUUCACACAAACGUUCUCUUGCCGAUUUCCAAGAUGCAUUGAAGGAUUACAAAAAAGAAUUGACAGAGGAUGUUAUUGUCCAAGCGCAUUUGGGUACGCUUUACGACACAAUGUUGGAACAGAAUCUGUGCCGCAUCAUUGAACCAUAUUCAAGGGUGCAGGUUUCUCAUGUUGCUGAAUGCAUUAAAUUGCCCAUGCCACAAGUGGAGAAAAAGCUUUCACAAAUGAUACUCGACAAAAAAUUCAGCGGUAUAUUGGAUCAGGGCGAAGGUGUGCUUGUAGUUUUUGAAGAAACACCCGUUGAUAAAACCUAUGAACGUGUUUUGGAGACAAUUCAUAGUAUGGGCAAAGUCGUGGACACACUAUAUCAGAAGGCUAAGAAGUUGUCAUAGAUAAACGGAGGAUUUCUAUAAUUAAUACAUAAACAAUUAUAAAAAAUUAAUUUUUUUUUUAUAAAUCUAAAAGCAUAAUUCUGCUAAUUUGUAUUCAAAUAUUGGCAAAAGCAGCUGUCAAGUUCAGUGGCUUAGUACACAACACACAGAACACUAUACAAAUAUCCGACUAAAGCCCGUUGUUUGAACCAAAUUGGUAGCAGUAAAUUCUUGAAAAAAAAAAUCAAAAAACCAACAAAACUACAAUACACAAUUUAUAUAAAUUUUUGCUAAUUAUUUUGUAUGCUUAGUGAGCUGAACAAAAACAAUAUAACAUUUACUUAACAAUAAAAACUGAUUUGCUGCAGAUAAUUGGCGUAAUCAUACAUUUAUAAUAUAAUAAAAAUAAUUAAAGCUUAGUAACUAACACGAGAAUAGUUGAGAUUUCGAACGGUAAAUUUGUAUAAGAAGCGCAAUUUUUCCAGGAUUAAGUCGCAACCGUUAAAAUCAUUUGCUUUACACACACAAGAAACACAAAUGUGAAGUAAAUGGACAAAAUACAACACCAAAAUCUUGUCUGCAACAUCGGGAACUUUUUGUUUGUAAUUUUUAGCCAUCUUUAUUUACUUUUGUUUAAUUGUAAAACAAACAUAAAAUUUGCCGUUAUGUAAACAGUAAAAUAACUUGCUUUAAGGUAAUGAUUGCAAAAAUUUACGAUUAAAUAAAAAUUUCAUAUGUUUACUUUCCUUCUCAUAGAAAAGCAAAACGCGGUAAACAUGA